ACGUGCAUCAUUUAGUCGGGAACAUCACUGUGACUCGCGUUUCUGAUCUACGCAACAACGUGGCUUGCGGUCCCUUUUGUAACUAUCGCGUAAACUCCCACGUGCCACAUUAGGCCACCUUUCAUUCUCGAGUUAGAGGCACGAAUUCACCGAAGAAUUUACGUCGCUGGUAUACGAAUACAAUAGACUAGAAUUAUCCAGACGCGUUUCGAUAUGAAUUUCAAUGAGCCGCCUUAUCGAACAGAAGCUGUCGACGCUCCGAUAUAGGGUGUCUCCCCAUUUUAUUGAUGAAAAGCGACUUAAAGUAGAGUUACUAUUUAUGUGCGAAGUCUUUUAUGUGCAAUAUCUUUAAUAUUUUUUAUUGAGAAAUAAAAGACGUUGCCAAUGAAAUGUUUGUAAGUAAAUCAUGGUAUCUUGAAUAAAGAGAGAUAGAAGGAUAGAAUGAAAGAUGGAAGGGAGAGGAGAAAAGUGUCUUUCAUAAGAAUCUGCUAAAGCCAGAGGACUCAUCAGUUAUGCUAACUUAGAAAGCAUGUGCCCGUGACAUAGACACCCUGAUAAGGAAGUUGAGAAGUGAUACAUAUUUACAAUUACCGAUAAAUAGAAGAGAAAGUACUAGCGAGAAAGUGUUGUACGUCGACGUAAUACGAAAGUGUAGGUAGCCAUCUGGUGGCAGAUUUGGGAGUGUCUCUACAUGUUCUUUCCCUUCCAGUUGGUUAAAUAACGUUUAGAGUGGGAAUUCAAAUAUAACAGUGUUGUAAAAAUAAUUAAAUUUCGUCAAAGUGAAAGUUGUUCAGGUAUUAGAAAAGAAAGAGAGAACAGAAAGUGAGUUAAAGUUUUAAAAUAACUACUUAAUUUGCUUUGAUUUUCAUUGACAGAUUCAAGUAGUUGGAACGAGGUUAGAUGACAUAACCUAUAAGUUAGCGGUUUAUUAAUUAAUAAAAUAAUACAAUUUUAACAUUUAUAGACAAUUGUAAGAAUAUAUAUAUAGAAGAAUAUAUCAUCCAAUUGUUUAAAUAUUUGAAACGAAUUUAUUCCAUUUUUUGUUACUCAUAUAAUUUGUUUACUUUUUCGUUAAUUAUUUUAAAACUACGAAUACUCUUAAGCGGAAAUCACUUGCUAACAAAAAUUUUUAGAUUUAUUAAUUUCAAUUAUAAAUCCCUCUUGAAAUAUAAAUUAAAAGCUCAUUUCUUCUAAUUGACUGUAUUCAUAGUUGAUCCAACAGAGUGAUUCUUCAAUAUAUCAUAAAUAUCACACUGCUAGUGUGAUUAAUCAAUAUGCUGCAAAUAGGAAUGCUACAAACAUGUCAGGUAAAAGGAAAAAAGUGACUGUAACCAUAGCAAAAAAGUUGAAAGCUUUGUACAGGAUUGAUAAAGGUGAGCCAUUGAGAAGUAUUGCUAUUGAUUUAGGAGUAGGAAUAUCUACUGUUUCUGAUUGGAAAAAAAACAGAAAGGAGAUUGAAGAUUUUUGUGCCAAGAUGGUUUCUAGGGAUAGCUUAGGCAACAGAGGAACAAUUAAAAAAGCAAAGAACGUAACACUGGAUGAUGCACUGUAUAUGUGGUAUAUUCAAGAACUUGAAAAUGGUAUUCCUAUGUCAGGACCUAUCCUUAGAAAAAAAGCUCUGAGUCUUAAUAAAAAGUUAGGUGGUGAUCCUACUUUCACAGCAAGUGUAGGAUGGUUAGGAAGAUGGAAAGCUCGACAUGGUAUAAAACUAACCCUCUGUAGUCAAAGUUUACUGGAGGAUGCUGUCACUAAUGACAAUUCACAUCGAUUAUUAUUAGAAGAUGAUAUUGUGAGUGCGCGUUUAUCCACUCAAGAUGAAGAUGACAUCCAAGACUCUUUUAUUGAUAAAUGUCAUCAAGAAGAAACAGAUGUCAACCACCUAGAAGCAACAACAAUGCUAGAAAAAUUGAUAACUUAUUUUGAACAGCAAAAUGACACCUUAGAGAAUGAUUUAAUGACUCUAAAACAUUUACACAAUCGUGUAUCAAAAAAAUAUUUGCUGACUCUAAAAUAGGAAACGACUGUUUUGUAAAAUAAUACUCUCGGUGUAUAAUUAUUGUAUAUGUCUUUCUAUUAUACAAUUUUGUAGUGUAAAUAAAUUUUGCAAAUA